AUGAAGCUGUUGACUAAGUUUGAAUCGAAGUCGACGAGGGCAAAGGCAAUUGUCUUUCACCACUCACGCCCAUGGGUAUUGGUGGCGUUGUUUUCAUCAACAAUCCAAUUAUGGGACUAUAGAAUGGGCGUUUUGUUACAUAGGUUUGAAGACCACGAAGGGCCUGUCCGUGGUAUUGAUUUUCAUCCAACUCAGCCGUUAUUUGUUUCUGCGGGUGAUGAUUAUUCUAUUAAGGUGUGGUCCUUGGAAACUAGAAAAUGUUUAUUUACACUGAAUGGGCACUUAGACUACGUCAGAACAGUAUUUUUCCAUAAUGAGUUACCAUGGAUCAUUUCUGCUUCAGAUGAUCAGACUAUUCGGAUCUGGAACUGGCAAAAUCGUAAGGAAAUUGCUUGUUUGACUGGGCACAAUCACUUUGUCAUGUGCGCUCAAUUCCAUCCAACUGAAGAUCUAGUUGUUUCUGCGUCUCUGGAUGAAACUGUCAGAGUUUGGGAUAUUUCAGGCUUGAGAAAGAGACACUCAGCGCCAGUUAGUCAAAAUUUUGAAGAGCAAAUGCUUGUUCAACAGAACUUAUUUGACGGAGGAUUUGGUGAUUGUGUUGUAAAGUUCAUCUUAGAGGGCCACACAAGAGGUGUGAACUGGGCUUCUUUCCAUCCUACCUUGCCUCUCGUUGUUUCUGGGUCUGAUGAUCGUCAAGUUAAAUUGUGGAGAAUGAGUUCGACAAAGGCUUGGGAGGUCGAUACCUGCAGAGGACAUACAAACAACGUUGAUAGUGUCAUCUUCCAUCCAUACCAGAAUUUAAUUAUUUCUGUUGGCGAAGAUUCUACUAUCAGAGUUUGGGAUUUAGACAAGCGCACGCCUGUCAAACGUUUUAAGAGAGAACAUGACAGAUUCUGGUUGAUCAGGGCGCAUCCAAACAUAAACUUAUUUGGUGCUGCGCACGACUCUGGUAUCAUGGUCUUCAAGCUGGACAGAGAAAGACCUCCAUCGGCCAUUAAUCAGAACCAAUUGUAUUUUGUAAACAAGGAGAAGCAAGUUCAAAUGUUUGACUUUGACAAGAAGAUUUCCUCUCUACCUUACGUUUCAUUAAAGGACGUUGGCCGUUUAUAUAAUGCGUUCAGAUCCAUCUCAUACAAUCCUUCUCAGCAUUCCAUUCUAAUCAAUGCCAGCAGUAAAGAUGAAGAACGGUUUGCGUUAUGUGUAUUACCGAAAGAACCCACUGGUGCCGUUGAAGCUACUAACAUAAUUGAGGAUAGGGGUAGCUUUGUAACUUUUGUUGCUCGUAAUAGAUUUAUUGUUUACAACCAAGCCACUGAAUCUAUUGAAGUCCGCGGUUUAGAUAACAAAACUACCAAGACAAUUAAAAUUGAGGGUUCAGUCAAGGAUAUUGUUUAUGGUGGACCAGGAUCGGUAUUGAUUAUUUAUCCAAAAUCGGUUGUACUUUUUGAUGUCCAACAAGGAAAGAAGAUUGCAGAAGUCGUAUUGAAGAAUGUAAAAUAUGCUGUUUGGUCUCCAAAUGGUCAAUAUGUGGCUUUGAUGAGUAAACAUACUUUGACUAUAGCCACCAGAAAGCUGGAAGUGACAACUUCAAACCACGAAACUAUCAGAAUCAAAUCCGCAGCUUGGGAUGACUCUGGAGUAUUGAUCCUAUCCACCCUCAACCACAUUAAAUAUUGUUUGUUAAAUGGUGAAUCGGGCAUUAUAAAGACUUUAGAGCGGACUUUGUAUAUCACUAAAUCACAGGGUAAGUUAGUAUAUGCUCUCAACCGUGAUGGUGCAAUUGAAAUUUUAACUAUAGAUCCUACUGAAUACCGUUUCAAAAAAGCGUUGGCAAAUAAGAAUUUCCCCGAAGUGCUUCAUAUCAUCAAGAAUUCUAAUUUGGUUGGUCAGAACAUCAUAUCCUAUUUACAAAAAUCAGGGUACCCUGAAAUUGCAUUGAGGUUUGUUGAAGACCCCCAAACAAGAUUCGACUUAGCUUUGGAAUACGGUAACUUAGAAGUUUCCUUGGAAGAAGCUCAAAAGAUGGAUAACGAGGCUGUCUGGGAGAGACUGGGUAAGGAAGCUUUGAAACAAGGUAACACGCAGAUUGUAGAAUUGGUUUACCAAAAUACCAAGCAGCUUGAUAAGUUGGCAUUCUUAUACCUAUUAAAGGGUGAUAACGAUAAGUUGAAAAAAAUGGAAAAUAUUGCAGAGAAGCGUGGUGAUAUAUCCAGUCUUAUUUUGAACACGUUUUACAAUAACUCUAUUGAUAAAAGAGCCCAGGUAUUUGCUCAGGCAGGUUCUCUCCCACUUGCAUAUGCCGUCGCAAAAGCCAAUGGCAACGACGAAUAUGCCGCUAAAUUACUGAGAGAAGCCCGUAUCGAUGAGAAGGAUGUUGUACUUCCAGAAGGUAUUUCUGAAUCGAGGUUUGUGAAAACUCCGGCAAUUGGAGAACCUUUUGGUAACUGGCCUUUGAAGGAGGCAGUUCUUUCUUAUUUCGAGAAGGCUGUCCUUGGUCAAUUUGAAGACCUAAGCCUAGAUGACUCUGUUGAAGAACCACCUACGGCUCAUAUGGAUAUUGAUGCACAAGGCGAUGUCGACUUUUUCGAGGAUGCAAGUGCUGCCGGUGAAGAUGAUGCUUGGGAAAUGGAUGAUAAUGACUUGGAUAUCGGUGAGGUGUCAGAACCAGAAGUUCAGGUAACGGAAGAAGAUAUUGGAGUUUCUGAGGAAAGUACGUGGAUCAAAAACUCAAAGAUCCCAGCUGUUCUUAUAGCUGCCGGUGCCUUUGACGCUGCUUCUCAAGCAUUAAAUAAACAGGCCGGUAUCGUCAACUUCGAACCUCUGCGGUCUCACUUCCUUGACUUAUACGAGUGUUGUAGGGCAUACAUGAGCACUGUCCCUUCAGAGCUUCCCUCAGUAGUCGGUUAUAUUCGCGUCCACGCCGAUGAAGAUGAUUCCAAAGCUUUGCCUUACAUGCCUAACAUGAGUACCAUUACGGCUAUGAUGAAUGAAGGUUUUAAGCUCUUCAAAGCAAACAACCUAGAAAAAGCUGUUGAAAUUUUCCGAGAAGUUAUCUACACCAUUACACUUCUAGGUGUCGACAACGAAGAAGAUGAAGAAACAGCUCACAAGGCCAUGGAAAAGGCGCGCGACUACAUUCUCGGUCUUUCCCUCGAGUUGAAACGCCGUUCCCUACCUCCAACCGACAUAAAGCGCAACCUAGAGCUAGCCUCCUACUUCACAAGGGUAAAACUCCUUCCUCAACACAGAAGUAAUGCACUACAGGUAGCCAUGUCCCAAUCAUUCAAGCACAAAAACUACGUCCAGGCUUCGUACUUCGCCAAUGAAUUCCUAGAGAUUGUUAGCAAUGGACCAAGGGCGGAACAGGCAAGAAAAAUCAAAGAUAAAGCCGACUCCAUUUCUCACGAUGAUGUUGACAUAGAUUUUGAUCCUUAUGCUGCAUUCGAUAUCUGUGCCGCCACAUACACUCCUAUCUACAAGGAUUCCCCAAGCGUCGUAGAUCCAUUGACGGGUGCAAAGUACCACGCUUCCGAGAAAGGCAAAAUGGAUCAAAUUGCACUCAUUUCAAAGAUUGGGGCGCCAGCUUCCGGCUUAAGAAUUCGUUUAUGA